AUGCAUAGACACAGACAAAUCUCGGACCUUACCUGCAGAGUCAUACGCAUACAAGCAUCCCGCGUCCACAGAUACCCCUCGUACCGUGGCUUCACACCGUUGGGUCCUCUACUCACGCAUCUACUCCGUAAGACGCACACACACACACACACAGAGAGAAGCGGGCGGAAGGCGAACAAAGAAAAAGCGCGCAUAGGCUCAUCAGUAGUGGUGUGCCACACGCGCAGAUACGCGAGGAUGACGUCAUCAUUGUCGCCCUCAACGCUGCGCCUGUCGCACACUGCCGCCACCGUGGUAACCGAGGCGGUGGAUGUCAGCCUGGACGAGUAUUUUGAGGCCUGUCAGGCUUCAUCGUCUUCCGGCUCCUCAUCGCCCCGCUCGUCCUCGCCGCCCACGUCCAAGUCGGUGAGUUGCCCCUUUAAGGCAUCACCAUACGGCGCUGCAGUCAGUGAGAGAAACACCGCUACUGUCAAAAGCCACCACCACCACUCUUACAGCCUGCGAAGCGUCGAUCCGGCCGCUGCGGUUGCCGCAGGCCUCCCCACCCCUCUGCAAGGCAACGUCACGCGGCCGCUGAUGCUGCGUCCUCGGCCCUUACACAGCCCUUUGUUCCCUGACGCGCUCAUCUCCAUCCCCUCCACAGUAGACGAGGGGGGUGUACUACCGCAAGGCGCCUCGCCGUCUCACACGUCUACGCAUCUUCCUCACCCUUCCUGGAAGCCGGAGCCUGUCGCACAGCCGCGCGGAAGCACCGCAACACUUUCGCGUAAAGGUGCAGUCGUGCGAGGAGUGGCCGGUCACGUACUUGCGAAGCGACUGAAAAACACGACAUUGCCGUGUGCUCCUCCGUCUUACUCAUUCUCUUCUCUCUCUUCGGCGGUCAAUCACUCUGGUGCUGUAGCUCCGGAGUGGGUCAGCUCUGCAUUCAUGUUCCAGCUGCCGCCGCCUACAGACACCGCCGCUGCUGCCCAAGGGAAGAAGCGCUUGUCGACAACCAUCAUGACGCGGGGCGGGCCCGGCGGUCGUCCCUCCUCAACGUCACCACGCACGGCUCAUCGCGCGGUCGCCGCUGCGCAGGAGGACUGUCUCGCUCGCCAGCGAGCGGUGCUCUUCGACGUGCUUUGUGCCCUACGCCAGCACCCCACGGCAAGUUGCGAGAUGUGCGCAGACAAGGGUGGCUCACGUGACGGCGAACAUGCUGGCCCCUCCCCCGCUUCUUAUAGAGGUCAGUGGAGGAUGCGGGAAGCUGUGCUGACUGAGGCAGCUGCCAAGGCGUGGUCGCCCACGUUCUUGGGGGUGCUGGGGCAGCUUCUGGAGGUGGCUAAUGUCGUGGCAGCGGUCGACAACCAUGUACGUGAGUGCGAGCUGGUACUCGGUCACCACGCCGCAGGGGACCUCGCUGAAGCGCACGGCAUCUUCACUUCUAAUGUCACAGCGGAGUGCAAAGGUAUACAGGACGCAUCGGUGGCGUUGGAGAUAGCCGCAGUGCGGUCUCUAAAGCGGCUGUGCUCGGUCCUGCGGCAGCUGAGCACCGACUUUUGCCGAUGGGUGCUGCAGGUGCAGGAGUACUUGCUAGUGGUGUGUGAAGGUGCUGUAGCGGUGUCGCAUCUUAACGGACCGCAGCCGUCUCCUCUUCUCGCGGGGAGUGUACGGCCCGGCCUUUACAAGAGGGAUGAAGAGACGCCCUACGCAGGGGGUGGGAGGCAGUACCCCCUCGGCACUGGUUCGUACACCGCUGCAUCUUCCGGUGUGCCGCUUACAGUACUGCCCGUGUCGUGCUCACUGGCCGACCUCGUGACGGCCGUUCGUGAGAACAUUGCGCCGCUGCAGCGCUGCCACGUGCUGGUAGUGAAAAGCGGCUGCUUUGAAGGGCUUGCGAGCUUCAACAGACCAAGUGACACGUCGAGGCCUGCGUCGACCACAAGAGGGGCCGAAGCUCAUCCCGCUGGAGGACAGGCGCCGCCGCGGUCGUCUUCGUGCGCCUUGUUGGCCGCUCGCCUCCUUGACACACUCAUCAUUCAGGCCAGCGCCUUCCAGGACACGUCGACGAUGGACCUCUACCGCCUCUACGUCAUGAUGCUGCUCUACACCUCGUGGCCGUACGUGCUGCUCUGCACAGCAGCCAUUUUUGGCUUUGUCCGCGGCAUCGAUCCGCCAGUGUGGCGACGACAGCUACCACGGCUGUUUCGCUCUUCCUUCUCCCACGUGCGCAUCGGCGACGCCAGCCGCCGCUGCCCGACAGACAUUCUCUCCCUGCUGCUGAACUGCGUCGGGUACUAUAACGCCGACGACGUCGCCGCCUCCGUCGGCGCGGGAGAGAACGGAAGGGGUGUGGCACAGCCCACAAGAGAACCGUUGCCAUUGAGCGCUGGUCGAAGCUGUGACCCUGUUGUUACGUCGUGGGUGUCGGCUCCUCGCCAAGCGGGCGCCGGUAGAAGGAGUCGUUGCGUGGGGGAAGCCUCCGGGCAGUACGUUGCAAGAGUCGCCCUUGCGUCGGCCCGCACGUUUGUGCUGCGUAGUCUCGCCAGCUUCACGCGUCGGCACAGGCAAGUCGCUCUCUCGCGAACCCCAAUGCCUUCACGACGCAUCUCAGCUGCACUGACCAGUGUGAAGGGCCACACAGCGACGACGGCAACAGCCAUGUCGGCAACCUCGAGCACUCCAGCUGGAACGACGUCAUGUCAGCUUUGGCGCACGAAGAGUGUUAAGGAAAUUCUGCACUACAUAAUGUACGAAGCCGGCGACCGUCAAGGCGACAACCCUGGCGACGGUGACCAAGCGGGAAGUGGCGCCGUCUCUGCUAUCGUGGCUUACGCUCAACAGAAUCAGGACGUCCACCGCCGCGUCGUGCAAGCUGCAGCGCCAAGCACGGCCGUGGCGGCAGUCGACGCAACGGGGAGCAGCAACGCUAGCGGCAGCACCGGUGCAUUGCACUACGCGUACUUUCCCACAACAAUUCCACUCGGAUUCGUCACCAUGCUGGCGGAGGGCUUGACAGGGCAACAGCAGUGGCAGCAACGCCGUGGUGACGGUGGUGUGUUGAACUUCACCGAGGAGCAGGGAUGUCUGGCUUCAUCAUCACCCGCAUUUUAUCCGGGGCAGCGCAGGGUAGCUGGCGGAGGCGUGGGGUGUGGGAGGCCCCACUCACGCAUACGAUCCGGCGACACGAAUGCUACAGCCACUUUUGAGGACAACGAUGAUGAUGACGGCGGUGACAGCGGCGAUGAGGGUAGCGGGGUGCUGCGUCGGCGCGGCAUAUCGCUCUGGACACUCUCUAUUAGUGAGUCGGCCACCAUCCCAGACGUGCGCUUCACGAACAUCCUCGCUGAAGAGGAGGCGAAAUUCCUGGAUGCGGUCGAUGACGGUGGCACAAAAUUUAGCCAGCGAAGCCUGGCGCAGCGGAAGCGACGCUCCCAUCAGCUGUGGAUCAACGUCACCAUCCCGUGUGCACGCUGGGUCACGACGGCGCUGCUCAUCCCCAUUGGUGUGGCGGUGCAGCGGCUGCAGGAACGCCGUUUGCAAGCGCUGUUCACACGCUCACUGCAUACGGUUGUUGGUGGAGGUGACAGAGGAGGCGGCUGUUUUUAUCCACGUUCUCUGCAUGAACCAGCGCACGAGGCACAACAACAACAGCAGCAGCAGCAGCAACAACCAGUGGAUACGACGACUCCAGCAGAACCGCUACCGCUUGGACCCCUUGCGGCAUUCAAUGGACUUGCCAGAAAUGGGCUCGUGGGCCGCAGCAACACCGCUGCGUGCUCCUUUAUUCAUGCGACGAAGCUACUCGUUGACGUCGCCCUCUGCCGCGACCAGGAGAGGCUCGUUCACGGAUUCCUGGAGCAACUGCACCGAGUGCCGCGAUGGUGGGUACGUCAGGGCGAGGAUGGCGGGGUGGGGGCGUACGGCCGGCUCGGCACCGCCGCUCCGGUUAUUUCUGCCGUCUUCGCCGACGCGCUGCGCGGGAAGCGCUUCAGCGAGCUGGUGCGGCUCUCUGUGCUCCCCGCGAGGGUCGGCGGUGGUGCGGCAGCACCGAGCAUGACGACUGCCGAUACUCCCACUGCUUCGGGGCUGCAGGGUAGGCAAGGGAAAGAGGGGGAGGAAGGGCACAGCAGCCCUUCCGUUGUAGAGGACAUGCUCGACGUGUUCGCGUCCUUCCAGUUGAGCUUUGCCUUCCCCGACGCCUUCGAGUGCAUUUUGCAGCCGCGAGACUUGAGCAUGUACGUGGAGCCCUUGACGGGCACGACAGAGCGCAGCUACCAGACAUACUUUUGGCAGCGCCGCCGGCGCCUCUACGUGGAGGAAGGCGGUGCAGGGGAAAGGCGCGCAUCACCGGUGCCUUCAGUGGUCGCGGGCUCGACUGGUAUUGCGCUCGCCGAUGUGUGGAGUUACGCUUUUGGCUACCAAUGCGCCCUCUACUACGCCCACAUCACACUGCAGGCCCACCAGAAGCAGCUGCACGAACGCGACACGCAGGACGCACAGAUAGCCCAAUCAAUGGGCCCGCCAGGACAGAGUGCGAUGCAGCACCUGCAGUGUGUAUCGCGAGGCAUGGGAAGUGCCUACUAUACGCUCAACUUCGCUGUGGGCCAGCUGCUCUCCUUCACCCAGAAUGUCUCGAUGCGGGUCGUGUAUGACUUGGAGCGCCUGCUCGCCAAGGCCAUGAGCUCGUCGCCGGUGCUGCUCUCCUGCAUGGAGCUGUGCUACCAGCUGGAUGCGCUUCUACUGGAGCUAUACCUUGUGUCGUUCCCGGCUCGCCCGCCGGUUGCGCUGAACGUGCGGGAGCGAGGCAUGCAAUCCCCUGCCGCCGAGGCCGUACGUGCGGCGGUGCAGCGGACACUCGAAGUGGCACUCGAUCCCUCGCGCCUUCCUGCGUCGCACAUCCGCAAUUGCACUCGCAAUGCCGUCGAGGCCCUCGUCGCGACGGUGUCUGCCGCGGCGGAGCAUCACCCGUCCGCCCUCGCCGCACAUCUGCAGCCGCUGGUCGUGCGGCUGACUUUCAAUCGGUACUACGGCACCGAUGAGGAGACACUGUCAUUUCACUUUCGGUGA